AUGUCGGAAACACGCAGCUACUACAGCGUCAUAUCAGACCUCUCGUGCUUCGAGGCGUCGGACAAGGUCUCAUUCACGCGAGAACAGCUUAUGGAGCUCACACAGCAGGAGGUGGAUGCGCGGGAGAUGCGGGACAACCUAGAGCGCAGCGAAUGGGAGACACGUAAGAGGCUUCCGAUGCACUCGUACCUUGGGCAGCUAGCGGCGCGGGAUGCGGAGGAGGCCGCGAAACACCCGGGAUACUACACGUUGCAGCACACGCUUCUCGGAGGCUAUGUGCCGCGGCACCAGCUCGAGUCGCUCUCCAGCACGGACUUUGCGCACUACUUGCACAAGGUGCUGGAGUGCGAGGGCCCGUUGGAUUCGUACGGGAAAUACGUGAACGUGGGGCGGAUUCCGAUAGGGUCUGCAGAGGUGGCAGCGGAGUCGCCGAUGCCGCUUGCGGUGAAGGCGCCCGUACCGAUGCCAGGACUGCUGGGGACGCCGGGGUCCUCCUCAUCAACCAAGGUGCAGACGCCCAGCAGCAGCGCGACGCCUUCCGCUGGCACGCCGCCCAUCGUGAAUACGACGAUCAAGAAGGCCGGGGAGUCUCAUAUAAAAAAGGUGGUUCUGUGCAAGCUAUGUAAGAAGCGCUUCAGCGGGCCGCGCAGAUUCACCGAGUUUUCUAACCACAUGUGUAUGAAAGGCUAG